UCGAGUGCAGCUGUCAGAGACAGCGCGCAAAUCCUCUUCCUGUGGCUUUUACCGAGAAAAAUGCCUCCCAAGAAGAGAAAGGCUCCAACCAAAUCAGAGGCUGAACCUGCAGCUGAAGGUGCUUCGAGUGCUUCCAAGAAAGCGAGGGUUUCCGGAGACUGCGAUGGCAUCAUCCGGAUUGAGUACUGCUUGUCUUGACGAGUGUUCAAGAGGAAGGCUAUACAAAUCUUCGAGGAUUUGUGUGACCUUCUGCCAGAACUGAAGCUGGAGCAGGAGCUUAAAGUGGGCGCUCGUGGAUCAUUUGAAAUCUACGUUCGGAAGACGGGUGAAGAAAUUGCGAAGGAAAUUCGGGUGUGGACUGGACUCAAGAAGGGCCCGCCUCGGAAGAAUAAGUUCCCCGAGCCCGCUAAUCUUGUGCCUUCCAUUGAAGAAGCUUUAAAAUAGAGGUUUUUAGGGGCCAAUUCUGGGUGAUUCUUGUGACGAGUGAGGGGCAAAUUGCCAUCGGCAAUGCCCUCAAUCUGAAGGUUAAUCUAUGGAAUUGGGCGUCUUAAUAAACAUCUUGUUCUAAUCA